AUGGGGUUAUAUACAAAGCUUCCGGUUGAAGUCAACCAAGUUGAUGUGAUCAUUGCGGGUGGUGGGACCGCUGCCUGUGUCGUUGCCUCCAGACUCGCCGACGCAGAUCCCGAGCUAUCCAUCUUGGUGAUUGAAAGCGGUCCAAACAAUGAGAUUCCCACUAUCCAGCAUCCUGGGUUGUUCAUGUUGCACCUUUCUCCCGAAAGCAAAGUCAACCAAUUUUAUCUGACAAAAGAGUCUCCAGAAAUAGCAGACAGGAAACUCGUGUUAGCAACUGGCAGUGUACUGGGAGGUGGAUCAUCUACCAACAUGAUGAUGUAUUCUCGAGCCCAACGAUCUGAUUGGGAUUCAUGGGGCACGCCGGGAUGGUCGGCCGAUGAAAUGUUACCAUUCUUAAAAAAGCUGGAAACCUACCACGGUAAGGAUGGAAAGGGCGUGCAUGGCCAUGACGGCCCAAUCCAUGUGUCUCGAGGCACAUAUAACUCGCAGAGAAUCGAAGACGAGGCAAUUGCUGCAGCAGAGAAAUUGGGCUGGUCCGAAGUCGAUGGUGCGUCAGACUUCGGUACCGCCAACGCCUUAUGCAGGGCAAAGCGAUUUAUCUCAACCGAUGGAAAACGCCAAGACGCGGCAUCGUGCUACCUGCACCCUCGGCUUCGCGAUGGAAAGCAUCCAAAUCUACACGUUCUAGUUGAAUCCCAGGUCACACGUAUCCUACUCGACGAGGAUCACAAGGCCGUCGGAGUUGAGUUCAGACCCAACCCGCUGUUUCAUCCCGACGCGGAUCAGUCAACCCGCAGCGUGAAGGCUAACAAGCUUUUCAUCGCUUCCUGCGGAGCUUGUGGCACGCCCUCUCUCUUAGAGCGCUCUGGUAUCGGCGCACCUAAUAUCCUGAAGGGUGCCGGAGUUUCGGUCGCAGUUGAUCUUCCAGGAGUUGGCAAGGGGUACGAAGAUCACCACCUACUUGGCUACCCAUACUUGAACAAUUUAAGCGACUCCGAAACGUUAGAUGGACUCGUGCUCGGACGUAUGGGAAGCUACGAUGACCUGAUGAAGAAAAACGAGAAAAUGCUAGGGUGGAACGGUCAGGAGAUCCAAGGAAAGAUCCGACCAACCGAUGCUGAGGUCGCCGCCCUGGGACCCGACUUCCAAAAAGCGUGGGACCAGGAGUUCAAGAACCAGCCAGACAAGCCUUUGGCCAUCAUCAAUAUAGUCGCUGGUUUCCCCGGGGACCUCCGCCAAGCCACCGGCGACCCCUGCCUCGCCGUAACAGCCUUCACCGUGUACCCCUUCUCGCGCGGGCACAUCCACAUCACCGGUCCCAGCGUAAGCGACCCCGUCGACUUCGACACCGGGUUCUUCCAAGACGAGGGCCAGCUCGAUAUCAAAAAACACAUCUGGUUCUACAAGAAGCAGCGCGAGCUAAUCCGCCGCAUGCCCUCGUACCGCGGGGAGAUGGCGAAAUUCCACCCCCCUUUCGCAGCCGACUCAGCCGCCGCAUGCGUUAAGCUCAGCGAAAACCCACUUUCGGGUGAUGUGGCUGACAUCACGUACUCAGCCGAAGACGACAUCGUGCUGGAGAAGUUCUUGCGGGAGAAUGUGAGUACGACUUGGCACUCGCUUGGCACGUGCAAGAUGCUGCCGCGCGAGCAGGAUGGUGUGGUUGAUCGAAACCUGAGCGUCUACGGCGUUAAGGGGUUGAAGAUUGCGGAUCUGAGUAUUGCGCCAAGGAAUGUGGCGGCGAAUACUAAUGAUACGGCUUUGGCGGUUGGGGAGAGGGCUGCUGAUAUUUUUAUUAGGGAGUUGGGGCUCGGCUCUGCUUAG